AGAUGAUGUUAAAGGGGUAGUUUUGACAGGUGUCAAACUAUGGAUUCAAGUGUCAACAACACUGUGGUAAAAAGUGGUGUUCAGUGUACAUAGAUUUAAAAGUGUUCGAAGUUUUCCCUUGAGAUCAAGAAGCCCCAAUAUUCAAAAUGGACAAUGAAGAUGGAGAGCGUUCACCCAGAGUGGAUGGAGUAAUUCGUGCGGAUAAAAUAGCUGCAUUUGACUACGACGAGGACAAACUUCAUGAAAUGACAGCUUCGUAUUCCGAGAUAUCAUUUGAUUCUCAAUCUUCUCCGCCAGUUUCCGAGCUUCGUUCUCUGAUAGAAUCACCAGAUUUGGAAGGUGGUAAAUACAUGGUUGAAAACCUCGAUAAAACAGACUUAAAUAACCCGAGGCCUGAUAGUUUAGAAUUAAAAAAUGAAAGUACAAGUCCUGAGGAAGAUGAAGAAGUGGAAGAUGUUGACCCUCCAAGUUACCAUAAAGCAAUUGGAUACCUACAAUUGGAAGGUACCGUAAUGCAGGAAGGAGACAUGGUGCUAUUCGUAGCAGAGGAUUUAGAAAACAAGAUAAAACUCUCUAGCCCAGUAACAAAAAAGGGAGAAACUCCAUCAUUUCCAGGAUCCAGAAGUUCAACCCCCUGUCUUUACCGACAAGCACUUGCUCCCCAGCUUCCCAUACUUGAUCAUAAUGUUCUCAAUGAAUUAGAAAUGGAAGCCCGUAAAGUGGCAACAUCCGUUGAUUCUCUCACUGAAAAUCUGGCAGCUAUAUUACACAGUGUAUCAGCAUUGACUGUUGAUUGUUUAGAGACGUACAGAGACGCUGUUUGUAAAACUUGCGACGCCGUUGAUCACAACAUAAAAUCAAUGUACCAGCUGAUGGCCAAAUGUGAAGAACUUUCAAAAUCGAUGGGACCAAUUUACAAACUCGCCGACCGAAUAAAGGAGAUGAAGAGGAUGUUGGAGUUAUUCGAAAGUGCUAUGAAUCUGUGAAAGCCAAUAUCCUUUAUUUCAGCCAGUAUCUCGACUCUCUCUUUCCUCUUAUCGCAAUCAAAAGGAAACAGUCGUAGAAUUCUUGCCAAUUCAUCAAAUCGAGUAAUAAGGACAGUGAAAAAGAGAGCGAAAGAAAAAAAUAGCAAAGCGUAGAAAAAUUAGAAACCGUUGGAACAAGCAAUUUAUUUGUUUUGUUUUUCAUCCAUCAGGCUUAUAUAGACGCGGUUAGGAGGUGAUAUCUUUUCACCUGAGGGUACAAACGGGUAUAUCAAAUAUAUAUACAUUUGUACCGCCGUGCGGCAGCACGUUGUCAUUAGCGUUUACAUUGAGGGGGUUAACGUUCGUUAGUGCUACUAGACAUGAUUACGCGUAAUCUAGUUUCCUCGCUUUUCAACUGUUUCCCUCCUCUCCCAAUCAAUUGACGCGACCCCCUCACUUCUCCUCUACCAUACCAACAAUUUUCCAUUUUCCUUCUCUCAACUUCAGCCCCCUCCUUCGCGUACGCUAUUCAAAUAUCGAGGAAGAAUCUUACCCGAAAAUUUAAGCAAAAAAAUCAUUCAAUUCAAUUCCGAUUAUAUUCCGUUAUAAUUUUCGAAGCCAUAGAUCAGUUUUAUGCUCUACAUCGGUUUUAAUGGGGUGGCUUCGAGAUUCUAAUGGGAAACCUUGCUCGGAGUUGAGCUGAUCUUAUAAAUGAAAAUGUCACAAAUCACCCCGAAGGAGAAGGAGAGGGAGAAGAGGAAGAGGAAGAAGAGGACGAAGAAGAAGGAGAAGAAAUAGAGUGGGUAUUCUGCCAAGGGGUGCUGGAGUCACAUGUAUAUUAUACGUACGGUUUUUUUCUACAACAAUAAUAAUCAUAAGAUUUAUUUUUUCCGCGUAUAUAUAUAUAUAAGCUCCUUUUUGCGCGACUCCAUCUUUUCUGCGUUCAGUGGGGGGGACUUGGAUUAACGCCACUUUUUUCAUCCGCUAAAAUUUAACCCAAUCCCGAACGAACCCUCUUCCGCGAAUGACCCGAUAGAAUCACCACGACGUCCAAUAAAUAUGUUAAUUCCAUUACGCGUCGUUUGAAUUAUUAAACGGGAUAUCGAGUCAACGGAUUUUCUCUACGAAUCCAUUAGUCCCUCCCCCGUUCUCCCUCCCACUCGAAAUCUACGAGCUAACCCCGGAAAAUAGAUUGAGGAAAAGAUUUCGGAUUUUAGUCAUCGACUCGAUCGGUUCCUCUUCUGAUCAUCGGCUAUUUCGAUUCCUUGAAAUUAUAAAAUUAGUGCUUAAAUUUUAAUAUUCGUGGUUGUAUAUAUAGUUAUAUGUACAUUUGUUUAAUAUCAAACGAAUACCCACGUUGAUGUUUUUAAUUAUCGUUAUUAUUAAGAUUAUUAUUAAUAUCAAUCUGUUGAAUGAAAAAUUUGUACAAUAAUUAUUAAUUAUUUAAAUGAUGAGAAAAAAAAAAAAACAGAGAAAAUUAGAAAUAAAUGUAAAAUAUCUAGUUACAAAAUAAAUAGAUACUUCGUAUCAGGUGGUAUUCUCGUAA